GGUCGCCCCGGGGGCCCGGCCAUGGCCUCGGUGCCCGUGUACUGCCUGUGCCGCCUGCCCUACGACGUGACCCGCUUCAUGAUCGAGUGCGAUGGCUGCCAGGACUGGUUCCAUGGCAGCUGCGUGGGGGUGGAGGAGGAGGCGGCGGCAGAGAUCGACCUGUACCACUGCCCCCAGUGCGCCGUGCUCAGGGGGCCUUCCGUCAUGAAGCGGCGCCGUGGCCCGGCCAAGGCCCCCGAGCAGGACCCCGGCCGUCCGGCCCGCACCGGCAGCGCCCAGUUCAUCCGGGAGCUGCGGGGCCGCACCUUCCCCAGUGCUGACGAGGUGCUGCUGCGGCCCAGCGGGGCCCAGCUGACCGUGGAGUACCUGGAGGAGAACAGCUUCAGCGUGCCCAUCCUGGUGGCACGGCACGAGGGGCUGGGCAUGACCCUGCCCCCCGCCUCCUUCACCCCCCGCGACGUCCUGCACCACGUCGGGGCUGACAAGGUGGUGGCCGUGCUGGACGUGGGCCGCCAGGCCGAGCUGCGCAUGCGCCUCGGGGACUUCGUGGCCUACCUGGGGGGGCCCCGGCGCGAGCGCGUCCUCAGCGUCACCGGCCUGGAGUUCUCGGACACGCGGCUGUCGAACCUGGUGCAGACCCCGCGGAUCGUGCGGAAGCUCUCGUGGGUGGAGAACCUGUGGCCGGGGGAGUCGGCGCGGGAGCGGCCGUGCGUGCAGAAAUUCUGCCUGAUGGGGGCCAAGGACAGCUACAGCGACUUCCACAUCGACUGCGGGGGCACCUCGGCCUGGUACCACGUGCUCAGGGGCGAGCAGAUCUUUUACCUGGCGCGUCCCUCGGCCGCCAACCUGGCGCUGUUCGAGGCCUGGAGCAGCUCCCGGAACCAGCCCGAGCUCUUCUUUGGGGACCAGGUGGAUCGGUGCUUCCGGUGCCACCUGCGCCAGGGCCAGACCCUCUUCAUCCCCACAGGCUGGAUCCACGCCGUGCUGACCCCCGUGGACUCGCUGGCCUUUGGGGGGCAUUUCCUGCACAGCCUCAACAUUGGCAUGCAGCUCAGGGCGUACGAGCUGCAGCGCCGCCUCAACACCCCCGACCUGGCCAAGUUCCCCAAUUUUGAGACCAUCUGCUGGUACGUGGGGAGGCACCUGCUGGACACCUUCCGAGGGCUGCGGGAGAACCGCCGGCACCCCGCGGCCUAUUUGGUGCUGGGAGCCCGAGCCCUGACCGGGGCCUUCCGAGCCUGGACCCGCCGAGAGGUCCUGGCAGAGCACGAGCAGGAAAUCCCCGAGACUGUCCGGCCGGGGCAGCUGGUCAAGGAACUGGGCAGGGAGAUCCGGCUGGCAGAGGAGCUGUUCCAGCAGAGCACCGGGAUGUCGGGGACCCCCUUCGGGCCCCCCUGGGGGGUCCCAGCCCCCAAAAAGGGGGGGCCCCGCAAGCCCCCCCCCAACUCCCGCACCUCCGACGAGGGGGGAACCCCCAAACCCCCCCCCCAAGCCCCCCCUGAGGAUGAUGAGGAGGUUGACCCCCCCAGCUCCAGCCCGGAGGAGACAGACCCCGACUCCGAGGGGGGACCCCCAGAUCCUGCUGGCCAAUGGGGGUGCUCGGCCCCGCCGCAGCCGCCCUGGGGGGGCUCUGGGGGUCCCGGCCCCCCCCAUCCCCCCCCCUGCUCCCCCCCCAGUUCCCCCCUGGACCUGGACUCGGAGGAGGAGCUGCAGAUCGAUGAGACCCCCCCGCGGCGGGGCCCGCGCCGCCUGCCCCGUGGGGCUCCCCGGAAGCUGCCCCGGGCCAAGCCCUGCUCCGACCCCAACCGGGUGCGGGAGCCAGGAGAGGUCGACUUCGACAUCGAGGAGGAUUACACCACGGACGAGGAGGACGAAGGGGGCGCGGGGGGCAGCGCUGGGAUCCUGGACCUGCUCAAGGGCCAGCCGGCAAGUGGGGGGCUCCGAGUACCCCCAGCUCAGCGAGGCCCCCCGCCUCCCCCAGCACGCGCGGAGGCCAUCCAGGGCAUGCUCUGCAUGGCCAACCUGCCCGCGGGGACCCCCCUGGGACCCCCAAACUGGUGGGGAGGGGGUGGGGGCACCGAAAGGGGGGGUCCUGGGGGGUCUGGGGGGGCCCGCAGAGCCCCCCCCGCCCCCCGGAGCACCGACAGCGAGGCCGAGGGGAGCCUGGACGAGCAGGACAGCCUGGGGGCCUGCUUCAAGGACGCUGAGUACAUUUACCCCUCACUGGAGUCGGACGAGGAUGACCCCGCCCUAAAAUCACUCCCCAAAAAGAAGAAGGUGACGGACGACGCCCCCUGGAGCCCCAAAGCCCGGGUGACGCCGUCGCUGCCCCGGCAGAGCCGCCCGGUGCGGGAGGGGACGCGCGUGGCCUCGGUGGAGACCGGGCUGGCAGCAGCCGCUGCCAAACUGGCCCAGCAGGAGCACCGAAAGCUGCAGCGCAGGAAGGGCCCUGCCAAGCGCCGCCCCCCCUCGCCCCCCUCCCCCGAGGAAGAAGAGGAAGAGGAAGAAGAAGAGGAAGAGGAAGAUGAGGAAGAAGAAGACCCCGAAGCCGAGCCCGAGGGGGACGCGGAGCCCGAGGCGGAGCUGGGGGGGGGCGAAGUCGAGGCCGAGCCCCCCCCGGAGCCCCCUCCGGAGCCGCCGUACCCCCCCAGCCUGGCUGACCACGAGUACACGGCGCGGCCGGGGGGGCCGGGACCCCCCCCCGGGGCUCAGCCCGGCCGCGCCCCCACCCCCAUGGCCCCGGGGGUGUUCCUGAGCCAGCGCCGGGGCCCCCCCGGAACGGCCCCCCCCAGCCACGGGAAGCGCCCCCGGAAGGGUUUGGCCACAGCCAAGCAGCGCCUGGGCCGGAUCCUCAAAAUCCACCGCAACGGGAAACUGCUGCUCUGAGGGCGGGGCCGGCCACGCCCUGCCAGGCUCCGCCCACUUCAGGCUGAACAAUGAACUAUGGGCGGGGCUGCUGCAGAAAGAGGCGGGGCAUGACAGGACCACACCUAUUAGAACAUGCUCGCUAAAAGGGCGUGGCUUAUUUUUGGCCCCACCCAUUGAGGUGUGGCCCCACCUGACCCCUCUGAGGCCACGCCCACAAUGCGGAUUCAGCUGAGACCACACCCUAUCACAGCCUAAACCACGCCCAUUGGUCAUGUAGGGUAAAACAGGUGUGGUAACAUCAAACCACGCCCACAUAGAUACAAACCACGCCCAAGCAGAGUGGAGCUGAAUCCUGGCUCCGCCCACCACGGUUACCACCUUCCCAUUGGUGUGGAUGGAAUAGAGGCGGGGCAUUCGCAUUUCCCGCCUCCAGGAGCUCAGGCGAUUGGACGAGCCCCGCCCCACAGCUGCGGGAGGGGCGGAGCCAUCUUUGAUUGGUCCCCGUUGGGUUUUUUUUUUUUUUUUGCCCCUCCCCUAAGUGUUUUCAGGUUGAUUGAUGGGGUGGGGCCGCUUCCCAUUGGCUGCCCCUGUUUUGUAGGCGUGUCCGGAGACCGCGGCCCCGCCCCCCUCCUUUUGUAUUUGUAGAAUAAAAAGAAA